GGGGGAAGAAAUGUCAGAUAUUUCGCAGGCAGGCAGUCAAAAGUAAAGUAGUCAAACCUUAAAAAAAAUUGUGAAAAUUCUUGAUAAAAACUAAAAAGUUGGUGUCUGGUGUCGUUUUGUGGAAAUUAUUGAUAUUUACCCAAAAAUAUGUGUAUUCUAUUAUUAAUUACCCACUGCAGCUCCUUGUGACGAAUUAUAAAAACAAUAGCCGAUGACUAGUGCUUGUUGGCACGAAAUAAGUAUUUUCUAGAAUUCAGCAGUGAUUUCUUAAAUACUCUCCUUAAAAAUAGUGUUUCACUUUUUUUCAACAAGAUGAUCAACAUCACUGUUAAAACACUGGAUUCACAGAAUCAUCAAUUCACUGUGGACGAAAACAUCACAGUUGAAGAAUUCAAAAGCCACAUUGCAGAAAGGGUCGACGUUCCAGCGGUUAGACAGAGGAUUAUUUAUUGUGGGCGAGUGCUUCAGGAUACUUCUAAACUUUCUGAAUACGAUGUGAACGACAAAGUUGUCCACCUGGUCCAACGUCUGCCUCCCAGUUCCACCCCUCGCACAGGAAGGUCCCUAACACCGCCACCCGACUUUAACCGAGCCGCGGGAGGUGGCUUUCCCAGAGCUAGAGGAAGCCGCCCCUUCACCUAUGAAGUUAUUGACCAGCACAUUGGCAACGUUUACAUGGGCAUGGGGUCCAUGUCUUUUCCAAGCAUGGACCCUCAUCAAAUGAUUCCUCCCAGAGCCACUCACACUUUGAGUGCCAGCAGAUUGAAUGUUGCUAGAAGGAUGCUCAGGCAUGCCGGAAAUGUCAUCAGGCAAUUAGAAAAUGCUGAUGGAGGAGGUAGUGAUGAUACUGUUUCCCCAGAAGAACCUACUGAAGAAGAGAUGACACCUGUAAUCGAAGCCAGAGUUAUUGUUCCUGUGACUGGUGAUCAGCAGUUACUGCCUUUAGACAGUAAUGCCAUUAUAAGUGCUGUUCAAAAUAGUAUUUUUCCCCCUGAGGGUACUACUUCUAUGACUUUAAAUACUGACAGUGCUAGUAGCAGUUCAGCUACUCCAGACUCUACAACCCCUCAGCCAGCUACUGUUUCUAACUCUGAAGGUGAAGCAAUUUCCUCAGCAAUUUCAUUCAUUCAUAAUUUGUCAAGAAAUGCUGAAGAUCAACCUUCUGAUAAUGCUGGCAAUGCUGACAAUUCCAAUAAUACACCAAGUGUAGGUCAGUCAACUCCAUCAGAUAACUCUAAUAAUUUGCCAAGAAAUGGCCAAGGUCAAAGAGAAAGAGUUAGACAACCUAGGACAUGCAGAGGUGAAGAAAUGGCAACUUUAUUGAACACUCUAAAUCAGCUUCAACUUCGUUUUGCACCAUAUUUAGCCAGAUACCAAGCUUUUAUGCAAGAAGAUCCACAUGUAGCAUCUGAUAGUGUACAAGACAUUCGUCAUUUGCUCAACAGAGUCUCUCAAGUCUUACACUUUUUGGGUCACGCCUAUCACAGUCUAAGUGACAUUAUUAUUGAUGUAGAACAUCCUCCACCAAGGUUACUACUUUGUCGACCGAUUCUGAUCCAACCCCCUACUGUGGUUCAGGGUGGAAUACCCAUACAAGUUGAGGCUCAAAUCAACCUCUUGCCUGACAGACCCCCUGCUACCACCAAUUCCACACCAACUACCCCAACUACUACUUCCCCUGAUACUGUCACUGGUACGCCUCCUACUAGUACUACUAAUGAUGUCAGACCUAAUAAUGGCGGACCUAGUAUUAACGUUGUGCCUGUAAGUGUGGCCAUUAUAGAAGAACAUGUUCGGUUAGGUCCCCAACUCGGACGUGCUAGAAGAACAAAUGGUCCACCAGGUGGUCCACGUCCACCUGCGCAUUCAUCAUUUAUUGGCACAAGUGAGCCAUCUACAACUGCGAGUGCUCCUUCCGGAUCAACACCUAGCACAGAAAAAACCCAACCAGAUCAGCAAAAUAAUUCCAGUCAAGAGCAAUCAAAUCGCCAGCCAGCAGAACCUGAAACACCAACAAGCAGACAACCAGAACAAACAAGCGGACAACUGGGUAAUAGUAAUUUGGGUUCACCAAACGGCAACUUGGAGUUCUUUAUGGAGGUCACCCCAGAAGCUUUACGCGGCGGAAAUUUAAUACAGUCCUUGAUGCAAUUGGUCGGUUCGCAACUGGGUGAUACAAUCACUCAGUUACAAGCUGACAACCGGCCGAACGGUCCCGCUCAACCUAAUCAACAGCAAGUGGGCAGUGCGCAAUCGCAACAGUCUCAGGCCAGAUCUACCCAAACUAAUCCUACUACAUCGACUCAUACACGUUCGACUCCUCGGCCUCACGUUCAUAUGACUCAGCAAGCUGUCCAAGGAGGAUUCGAUCCGUUUUUGCAUUGUUAUUCUCAUCAUGUGACUCAGGCUAGACCUCAGAGGCUUGUUACAUUUGGAGGACAACAACCAUCCAGAACACAAUCGCCAUUAUUCGCAAGGCAACACCUGAACGUAGGUUCAACAACUAAUCAGCCAAAUAAUAAUUCAAACCCACAAGCUUCAAGACCUGAAGAAGUACCCAUCGAGGUUGCUAACCGGUUCGAGGAACUCAUAAGAAGAAACUUACCUAACAUUGCUGAGAUGGUAGCACCUAACAUUGCCGAGAUGGUCAAUGCAGCACGUAUGUCUGUGAACGUACAGGGAGCACCGGCAGGUAACGAUCGACCUGCUCAAGAUAAUAUACCACAUCCUGCAAGAGGAACCCCUGACGGCCAAAACCAACCACCACCAAAUAUUACCAAUCUUUUCGCUAGUUUAAUGGAACAAAGUCUUCCAGAUAUUUUAUCAGGAAGAGGUCCCACUAUGGAAGUUAUGGUGCAAUCUAUUCACCCUGAGACUAUUGUUCAGGGGGAAAACCUUGUUAUUGAUUUGAUGAUGUUGGUGAUGAGGAAUUUGAGAUUAAAUGAUUUGUUCACGCUUAGUUCUGGAAAUAUGACACCGCUGCAAAGCCAAAUAGAGACAAUUCAAGGAUUUUUCCUUACCGCAGUGUGUCAGAACGAUACUACAGAUGCUGGUGUUGCCAGAGCUGCUGUUAGGCUUAUUGGGGAUCUCAAUCCCAUUAUUACCGCAUUGGAAUCUAUACCAGCAAGAGAAAACAUAAACAUGUCCAGAACCAUUGAUGGUUUCUUCAGUCAGCGAGUGCCAGAUAUUAUUCGUAUGGCUGUCAAUAGCGGAUCCAGAGGUGAAGGCAGCAAUGGUCAAAAUUUUGUAACGACAGUAUGGAGAGCGAUCAGAGAAUUGUUUGCAUUAGCUAUUCAUUGUUCGUCUGAAGGCCAACGAGGUGUUGAGGAUGUUUUUGAACAAAUUGUGGUCAGUACAAUGACUCCAAGUGCCCAUCGUGAUGUGUUUCAGUUUACCAUUCAUAAUACUCGUUCUGCUCUGGGAACCAUUUUACAAAAUUUGGAUAUUGGUACGGCCGAUAUAGAGCGUUUUAUUGUACAAAACGUCAUUCCCGCACCCCCGCCGCCUCCAGUUACCGCUCAAGAUGUCACUCCUGUGGCGGCCCAACCUAUUUCAACGGAACAGAUGCAAGAGGAGGCGGCUUUCUUUCCUGUAUGUGAUGAAGUUAUGGAAGUAGAGGAAUAUGACAUGGAUGUAUCGCCGCCAAACGAGGAAAAUGUUGUGGUCAAUUGGGGAUCUGAACCUUGGCACAUUGUUACCCCACAAGAAUGGGCUCCUAUAAUCACUGCUGACGGUCCAAGACAGAAAAAACAAAAUUCCCAGCCACCAUUCAGCGAUGCUUAUUUGAGCGGCAUGCCAAGUAAAAGAAGGAAAUUAAUUAAUAAUGCUAAACCUCAAGGUAGUUUACCUCAAGUCAUUUCAGAAAGUAUCCAACAAGCAGUAACCUCCUCGGGUCUUGCCUCAGCAGCGCCCCUAGCCGAAGUGGCUGAAGCAGCUAGUGAAUCUGUAGAAAUCCAGGCAGCCUUCAGGUCCUUAUUACAGACGACAGUCCAGACAAAUUUGAGAAAUAACGAAGAUUUUGAUCCGGAAAAGUAUCCGAAUGCCGCUAAUUAUUUCAUGGGGUCUUCUCCAGAAUAGUAGUAUCGGAUUUUGUAAAACUGGACUAGAAAAAAAUGUAACCUUUUUCAUUAAAAUUUCAUACUUUUGAUUACUAACAAUAAUUAUUACUUAUAUAGAUAAUUAAUUAUUGUUUAAUAAUUAUUAUUGUUGUCAAUUAUAUUACACCAUUUUUUUUUUUUUGUAUUUUUGUUUUGAUUCGAGUAAAUUCAGAGUUGAUGUUAACGAACCAAUAUAAAUCAAACCACAAUGUCUUGUUUAUAAUUAUCGAAUUGUUAUAUUAAUUACAAUUACAGAAAUAAAAACAAUAAAGUUUUGUAGGAAGAUAAAUCAUUGUAUAACUAAAUUUAGUAAUAUAUUACAAUUUUUUUUUAGCUAGAGGUCAUUCAAUAAUGAUUUUUUCAAAUAAAAAUCUUGAUUAUUUUUGCAUUAACGAGCCAAUUAAAGCUAACAACAGUCCAUACCAUGUAAAGGUGAUUGGUUGGAGUUUAAUUUUCCACCAACAAAGUAACUUUUAUUUGUGGCGAGUCUUAUUAUAAUAACAAAAAAAACCUAACUGAUAAAUCACUUGUGAGGAAAAAAAAGGUAAAUACUUAAAAAUUUCACUAUAAAAUAUAAACAAUUCCACACUUAAGUCCCUGGAUGAUUGAUGUGGAAAAUAUUCACUAUAAUUUUAUAAUAUAAAGUCAUCAAAUCAAUUAAUAUGUACUACUAUUUAUACCAAAAAAAAAAUUUUCUUCUUUCUAAAUAUUCUUUUUUCUUGAUAAUAAAUUUCUCAUUAAAAAUACUAUUAUCGUUGAGGUUGAGCCGCCUGCGGUUGAUGAUUUGUAGUUUGUAAUGGUAUCGGACUGGUUUGCAUUGUGUUAUUCAAACCCUGAGAUGGAGAACCUGCCGACAAUUUCGAGAAGGCUAAAAGUGUGUCGGGAAAGUUUGGUGGGGUGGCUGGUGUAUUACACGGCGUCAUA